CGCCUCUUUUUUUUUUCUAUUCCGCGCACUGCAGUCGUGCUGCCCAAGCUGCUUUCGCUGCUCCAACUACCCGCUCCGCCCCCGACUGUCCGACAUGUCUCUGCACCUUCUCCCAAUCGAAGUCUUGUCUCUGAUCCUGCAAGAGGUAGACUGCCCGCGCGACCUCUUUUCGCUGGUCGGCCUGUCAGGCCCCUGCUUCCGAGCUUAUGAGUCGGCGCCGAACCUCAUCCUCUCAUCGGUUCUCCGAAAUGCCAUUGCGCCCACCGUCCUCCACCAUGCGCUUGCCAUCCUUAAUGUCCCCGACGCUCCGGGUCCGGAUCCGCAGACCGAAGUUCUGGAAGGCUUCAUCGACCGCUACCUCCAGGCUGGCUCCUCGUUCGAGUUUCCCGCGGAUACGGCGGCCAUGACUGCCCUCCGGCGCCUCCACUCGCGCAUCUCGUACUUUGUCGACGAUUACUCCUCUCGAACGAUGCGAGCCCUGGCCACCAAGCCCGACGGCCAGCAGGGUGCAGGAUGGGACCUGUCGUCCUCUGAGCGGGCGAGAUUCCAGAGGGCCUUCUUCCGAUACGAGCUCUACUCUCUGGUGUUUCCUGUCGACCAUUCCGUUCUACGCCACUCGCUUUUCCCUGCCGACCUGCAGUUCGCCCGAUUCCUGGCUCACAUGGAACCGUGGGAGGUUGAAGAGAUGAGCUGCGUCCACCACUAUUUUACGUCCCGUAUCGAGGGACUCAUCGACCGUCUCGAGGACCAAGUCGUGGAGGCCGUUCUCUCGGCUCCCGGCGUUCGCAGCAGCCCCAGCCACCCCAUCCUAGCCGAGCCGUUGAUCUUGGAUUCGCUUGGUCCCUCUUCGCAGCCGACUCAGCUUCGGGACGAUAGUGAGCCGCCCGGCAGAUCCGACAAGUCCGAGCGGGGGGGCAGCCCCGACGACGACGACGACGACGACUAUGACGACGAUAGCAUGGUUAGGUUUAACUCCCUCGACCUGCUCGAUCUCGACCUCUUCUCCAGGGGGGGCAGGUUCAGGUUGCCCGAGAUAGUGAGCUACCUGGCAUCGCUGGGCUCGGGGUUUCUCCACGAACUCCUCGUCGCCGACAAUGACGAACGUAAAGAUAUCAUCCGGAGGAAUAGCCCGCUUAGCCGGGAUUUUCUUCCAGAGGCGGUGGAUCAGGCACCCGCGACUGGACCCAGGACCGUGAUACCAGGUGAUAUUGCGAAUGAUGACGAUCCUCGCCGCCCAUCUUUGGGAUACUAUUCGUUCAAGCGUCCGGACCAGGAUGUUUACCUGGAGAUAAGCCACGAAGGGAUCCUGAACGCUCCCCUCAGAGAACGAGCGUUCGUUUUCUGGGAUGCCGCAAGAGUCACCCAGCCUAUGGUUCGCGACAGCCUCCGAGAAGCAAGCCAGGCGCGCACAGACGAAGUGAACCGAAUCCUCAAUCGACACGAGCGCCAGAGCCCAGAGGAGCGGCUGGAGGGCGUCAAGAUGCCCAGAGCCGUGAUGGAUACGAUAAUGGCAGAGUUUGGCUCGACCUUUGACUGGGUGUCCCAGUUGCCAUCGCCAUGAAUCAAAGGCCA